AUGAGAGUAUUAAAGGCGAAGAACGGACGUGUUCGCUCCAAUCAUAGCAACACCACCAGCAGUGGAGCAUUUAACAACACGUCGCUGAAUGCAAACCCGAAUAGGAAAGCUCAUUCGACGAGUCCUCAUCACGGCAAUGUAUUCGCCGCUUCGCAAUUCUGUAAUUCACCAGCAGCGCGUGCUAUUCCGAUGCCGCCGUCCAACUGGAUAAAUCAGCAGCAACAAUCGCAGCCCGCUCGUCCAUCGUCCGCCUCCUCGUCGACAUCGUCGUCAGCAUCGCUGUCGCGACAUGUCGACGACGUGGUCGGUGUUCGCGUAUGUCCGCUGCAGCUCAUCGCCGCUGUUGCUUCUUCGUAG